AUCCGCGACUGCUCUGCUGACCGGCCAAUCUACGGAGUAGGAUCUGAUCCGGAAAUCAUUCACGCAAAAGUUGAUACAUCAAAAAUGAGAGCGGUCAACUACACUAAGCGGGCUACGGAAUUCGGAUGGCUUACCGAGUCUUGGAUGAUCGUGAUCGUCUGCUGGUAUUGACCCGAGUGAGAAGAUGAGGGCAAAGGGGGCCCGCUAUUCAGUCCAAUCAACAGUCAAAUCGAUUUUCUUCCAGCCAGCGAUCAUCCCCUCUUUCCCUCCUACUAUUGUACAAUGGAAUCACGGAUUCCUUCUGGGCGUUCUAUGCCAGGAUUCAUCUGCGCGACAUGAAACCCUUGUUCUGAGGCAUCAUGCUGCAUUAGCCGGAUUCCUCCACACCUCCUUUCUCGUGGUUUCUAUUUUGCCAUUUUUCUGGUUCCUUCGUCGAUACCCUGCUCAACAUGGCUACAACUGUGGCUUCAAGAUGCGAGGCAUGAGGGACUAUCACUCCUACCGGGGAACGAAAUGCAGGUUCUGGAAAGGAGAAGAGGUACCCUGAGCGGGAAAGCAGGGAAAUAUUACGGUGAAACUU